CGGCCGCCUCGCCGCCGCGACCUUCUCUGCUGAACGCCUGCAGUUCCUCAGCCUGUGCGCUCCUCCGGCUGCCCCGGGAGGAGUGGUUUUUCAUUCCGCUCCUCCCUGAGGCUGGCAGUCUUGGGGUUCUAGCGUGAUUCUUAAUUCUGAAGAGAAUUGGUGGGGACACGCGCGCUGGAAUGCCUGUAGCCAGGGUUCAGUUGUUUCUAAAUACACAUUGCCACCAGUUCGGCCAAGCGUUAGGCUCGGUCCUUGACCUCAAAAUCCUUUCCAGUUGAAAAUGGACGUUUCCGACGCCGGAAUGUCCUUGAGGCCAUCGGGCGGCCCCCACAGAUCCAGAGAAGAAUGUUAAGGCUGACAGCCCCACCUUUCAACGCGGUACACUCCUCUAUUGCCUGUUCCAAAGAAGACGAGUGUGGCCUAGGAUGCCCUGCUAGUCAAGACCAGGCCCAGGUUGCACUGCCAGCACCCAUGAUGGCUCCCAACUGUAACUUCAGUUCCAGGGUAUCCAACAGGCAAAACAUUCAUAUACCGACCUAAGUGUGCACGUUUUCAAAGAGAGAGAGUGGUGCUGAUACACAGCUGAUGUCAGAUUCAUGUGUCCGAAGGAGGGAGAUAAUUUCAUGAAACCCAGUCCUCCACCACUACUUGCACUGGGGACACCAACUGGAAACCUGACUCAAGUUAGUGAGGUAUCCAGCUCAACUCUGCGUUUCCGAAGCCCGGGGCCUCGGGUACACCAGGUUUACGUCGUUCUUCCCAGGGAAAGAAAAACAAAACAAAACAAAACAAAACAAAACAAAAAAAUAACCCCCACAAAAAUCACCCCCAGCGUCAAGACUGGAGGUGAUUGGCAAUUGCAGAUUGGGCAUGUACAGAAAGGAGGGCAGCAGGUUCCGGAAGUGACGAAAUCAGGAAGCGACGUUCUGCCCUGAGGUUUGGGGCGCGGUUUUGGAAAAUAGCUCGUCAGAGUGGCGCUAGACGCUAGCCUUUUCCUGUUUGCGUCUCGGCACGCUUGGUGGUCACUAAACCGAUUUGGCGCAGCCUCGGAGUUCGGAGCUUUCUCAGCAUCCCAGAGAACGACAAACCCCGGACGCUGGUCACUCCUUAACUCAGCCCCGAAAGGCACUCUUGUGCCCGGCCGUUGGCUGACAACGCUGUAAUUCGGAAAGAAAAACUGCUUCCCAAUACUUUCUUGGACAACUUAAAACAAGAAAAAAAGAGAGAGAGAAAGAGAGAGAUGCAUAUAUUUCCUAAGAUAUCUUUGAGACCUGAGGUUGAAAACUAUCUCAGGGAGAGCUUUGUGAACAAGGAGGUCGUGUCUGCUUCAAGCAAAGAAGCAGCAGAAAGGAAGUUUGAAGCUCUGCUGAUUCACCUGUCACACCCUCCGUCAUUCACAACUGUCAGGGUGAACACACAUUUAGCCUCGGUUCAGUAUGUCAGAGGUCUGCUGCUUGAAGAACUCCAGAAGUUCAGUGGAUUCAGCAUUCCUGUUCUUCAGCAUCCAGCACUCCCAGAUGUCUUACUCAUUCCUGUGACUGGACCGAGGGAGAACAUAGAGAAACGACAGUGUGAAGUAGUCGUUGGAGCACAGUGUGGCAGUGCGGUGCUUAGAGGGGCCCAUGUCUAUGUUCCAGGGAUCAUGGCUGCUUCAAAAUUUAUGAAAGCUGGAGAUAUUAUUUCCGUGUAUUCUGAUAUUAAAGGGAAAUGUAAAAAAGGAGCCAAAGAAUUUGAUGGAACUAAAGUAUUUCUUGGAAACGGAAUUUCUGAACUAAGCCGCAAAGAUAUCUUCAAUGGGUUACCUGAUCUGAAAGGUAUAGGCAUAAGAAUGACAGAACCCAUCUACCUCAGCCCGUCAUUUGACAAUGUUCUACCCAGUUACUUAUUUUUACAGAAUUUGCCAUCUGCUGUUGUAGCUCAUGUUCUGAAUCCUCAACCUGGAGAGAAGAUUCUGGAUUUGUGUGCAGCACCUGGGGGCAAAACUACACAUAUUGCAACAUUGAUGCAGGACCAGGGAGAAGUAAUAGCAUUGGACAAAAUAUUACCUAAAGUGGAAAAAUUAAAGCAGAAUGCUUCAUUAUUAGGGCUUCAUUCUAUCAGGGCAUUUUGCUUUGAUGCAACAAAGGCUCUUAAAUGUGAUAUGAUUGAUGGCACAGAAGGGGCACCUCCAUUCUUACCAGAGUCUUUUGAUCGAAUUCUCCUUGAUGCACCCUGCAGUGGGAUGGGACAGAGGCCAAAUAUGGCUUGUACUUGGACUCUGAAGGAAGUGACAUCAUACCAGCCACUGCAGCGAAAACUCUUUAAUGUGGCGGUUCAGCUGCUGAAGCCAGGGGGAGUGCUGGUUUACAGCACAUGCACAAUAACUCUGGCAGAAAAUGAGGAGCAAGUUGCCUGGGCCCUCAGAACAUUCCCCUGCCUUCAGCUUCAACCCCAGGAACCACAGAUUGGAGGAGAAGGAAUGAUGGGAGCUGGCCUGUCACUGGAGCAGUUGAAACAGUUGCAGCGAUUUGAUCCAUCUGUUGUGCCACUGCAGAACAUGGACACUGAUUCUCUUGGAGAUGCUGGAAGAGAAGACAUGAUCUGGCUGGCCAACAAAGAUUGUAUAGGCUUCUUUAUUGCAAAGUUUCUAAAAUGUAAAAAUACAGAAGGGAGGGUUUUCCAGAAAUGAAAAUUCUGAAUAUUUUCUAA